AUGCUUGACACCUGUUCCCUGUUUCGAGCCCUAUUCGGUCAUGACAAAGCCAUUUACUUUUUGGAUGCAAAUGCGAGAUUUCGUUUCCAUUGGAAGAAUAUGGGAGACACUAUAAUGGCAGGGUCAGCAAAAAUGUUAUUCAGCAAUGAUUUUGAGGAUCUGCAUGAUGAUGGUUUUGUGGGGUCAGCUGAUGAGUAUAGAAUUUUUGCGAAGGUGUUCUUUGGAAAUGACAGUGGCAGUGGUAAAGGAUGCGUUGUUAGCAGUGGUAAAGGAUGUGUUGUUACUGGUUGUGACUAUAAUAAGCAAACAGACAUAUCCCUCUGUUCCAAUAGUGGAAACUCAUCGUUAACGAGUCAGGAUGAUUACUUUGAUGCAAAAGAGGAUUCGAGGGGGAAAACUCCGCUAGAAUGUCUCUCAGAAGAUUUAACAUCACCAAACAAAAGUAAUCAUGAAGCAAAGUUAGCUGUUGAAAAUCAUCCAAAUUGGAAACUUGAUCUAGGGGAUAUCUUGAAUAUAUCUGUCUGCGAAGGAGUUAUGGGUAUGUACCAACAAGAUUCUUACACUGCUUGUCGCAUGAUAAAACAUUGUUUACUUGAAUCAUCUGGUGAGGGGGUUAUUUAUCGUCACUAUCAACCGAAGGGACAUGUUGAUCUGGGCCAAGGUUAUGAAAUUAGUGGAAUGGGUGGCUCUAAGAAUAGAUUAUCUUCAGAUGGACAUGACCAGAAGGAUGUUGUAAGUAUAGCAAUUACUUCGCCUGCUUCUCAAGAGAGCUAUGCAAGUAAGCUUCUAGUGAUGGAUCCAGCUAUUUCUGUUAAAAACAAGUUGGGAAGUCAUCGACCUGCCAAGCCUAGAUGGAAGGACUCCUGCUUUCUGAAACUGGAUGAUGAAGAAUUAUCAAUGCCAAGGGACAUAAAAAAUGACCCUCGUCCUCUUCUUCGCUAUCACAUUAAUCGCUUACUUAGAGCAGCAGGAUGGGUGAUUGGGAGGCGCAAGAGGAAAAGUAAAUACAAUGGGAUUGGAGAAUAUGUUUACAAGUCACCAGGAGGAAGACCGUUUCGUGAAUUUCAUAGAGCUUGGUCCAUGUGUGGUGAGAGUUUGUUGACUGAUGCCUUUGAUUUUGUGCAGAGAAAUGAUUCUAACCAGUGGAAUGAUAUGACUGAGUUAUGGACAGAUUUAUCUAACACAUUUAAAGAGAUUGAAGAGAAACACAAUAGUUUAGAAACUACUUUGGCUAUGGCUCAUUUAUGGUCUCUUCUGGAUCCCUUCGCGAAGGUAGUGUUCAUUGACAAAACAAUUCGCUCAUUGAAAAAGGGAAUUGCAGUUGAAGCAAAGAGAAGUUUGGCAUAUGAAAGAGAUGGUGGGCAUGUUGCCAAAUACCGAAAAAUCUUGGGAAACGACCAGACUGAUAUUCUGUUUGAAGUUCCCAUCAUCUCAGGAAACACAUGUCCUUUGCUUGGAGGACCCGAGACUCAUCAAGAUAGCAAUACAGGUUCCCAAAGCUUAAACAAAGACAGACCUGAGGAAGAAGGCUGUUCUGGAUAUGAUAGGAGGGUUCAUAAAAAAUCCAGAAAGAUAUCUGAAAUGAAAGUCACUAGUCUGUAUCAAUGUCAUUCAAAUGCUCAAGAGUAUUCGGUAGAGGAAACAAAUCGUUGCAGAAUUGGAUCAAAGAAAUCAAAGACAUCACAUCUUAAUGAUAACGAUCUCUUGAUUUCAGCUAUUAUAAAAAACAAAACUGUUAGAUCUUCCAAGAAGCGGGCCAGCUGCAAAUCCAAGCCUCUAAGGAAGCCCAAGAGACGAAAAGGCAGUUGUAGAUUGCUUGUAAGGAGCCUUAACAAGGGUGCAAAGCAUUUGAUGGAAGGGAAGUGGCCUGCUUCUGAAUUGAGAACUGUGUUAUCCUGGUUAAUUCAUUCUGGUGUUGUCUCACUAAAUGAAGUGGUCCAGUUACGGAAUCUGAAAACGGAUGUGGUGGUGAAAGAUGGUUUAAUUACUAGGGGAGGUAUAUUAUGCAAGUGUUGUAAUAAGGUGCUUUCCAUCUCUGCUUUUAAGAAUCAUGCUGAUUUUGGGUUGAAGCAUCAUUGCAUCAAUCUUUUCAUUGAGUCUGGUAAGCCAUUAACCUCGCGCCAGCUCGAGGCCUGGUCAGCUGAAUACAGGGCCAGAAAAGUAGCUCCUCAAACUGGCCAAGUUGAUGAGACAGAUCAAAAUGAUGAUAGUUGUGGGCGCUGUGGUGAUGUUGGUGAACUGAUAUGCUGUGAUAGCUGUCCAUCCGCGUUUCAUCAGGCAUGCUUGUUUGAACAGGAGCUGCCAGAGGGAAGCUGGUAUUGCCCGCAAUGUCGUUGCUUGAUUUGUGGGGCUGUGGUCAAUGCUAAAGAUGCUUCACAAUCUCAUAGCUCUUUUAAAUGCUUGCAGUGCGAGUUCAAAUAUCAUGAGACGUGCAUGCAAGGGAAGGGCUUGAAAAUUGAAAUGGCCUCAGAUAACUGGUUCUGUGGAGAAUACUGUCAGGAGGUAUACUCAGGUCUUCGAUCUCGCAUUGGGUUGAUAAAUCAUCUUUCUGAUGGCUACUCUUGGACGCUUCUUCAGUGUAUUAAUGGCGAGCAGAAAGUUCAUUCUGAUGAGUGCUUUGUUGCUUUGAAGGCAGAAUGCAACUCAAAGCUUGCUGUUGCAAUCACGAUUUUGGAGGAAUGCUUUCUUCCGAUGGUGGACCCAAAAACAGGCAUAAACAUGAUACCUCAAGUCAUGUACAACUGGGGAUCAGAAUUAGCACGUCUGGACUAUAGUGGGUUCUAUGCUGUGGUUUUGGAGAAAAAUGACAUCAUGUUGUCUGUAGCAUCCAUCAGAAUCCAUGGGGUUACUGUAGCAGAGCUGCCUUUAGUUGCUACUUGCAGCAAUUAUCGUCGGCGGGGACUGUGUCGGCUCCUUAUUAAUUCUAUAGAAGAGAUGUUGAAGUCUUUGAGGGUCGAGAAGCUCGUUGUAUCUGCCAUUCCCAGUGUAGUGGAGACAUGGACAAAGGGUUUUGGCUUCGAACCCCUGGAAGACGACGAGAGACAAAGUUUGAGCAAAAUUAACCUCAUGGUGUUUCCAGGAUCCGUAUGGCUGAAGAAGCCUUUGUAUCAGAAUACCAUGCAUCAAGAGAAUGGACCAAAUGAAACUUCAACUUCUGAAGCAAAUGAUCCUGGAGAAAUGGGAACUCUUGAGGAAGGAUUUUCAACCACACAGUCUGUUCAAGAAGCCAAUACUGAAACAGGAACCAUAUUUCGUGACUUAGAGAAUUCUCAAUCACAUGAAAAACAAGACUCCGUGAUUUCAUCUGAUGAACAAGAGCAUAGACAAUCAUCCAAUCAUGAAUUUUCUGUUCAAGAAGCUCAUACUGGGUCAGGAUCCGGCAGUGCUCUCUCUGAUAAUAUGCAAUCACAUGAAAAGCAAGACCCUGUCAUUUCAUCUGACGAACAAGAGCUUAGACUAUUAUCCAAUCAUGAAUUUUCUGUUCAAGAAGCCCAUACUGAGACAGGAUCCGGGCAUACUCUCUCUGACAUUAUGCAAUCAUAUGAAAAACAAGACCAAUCUGACGAACAAGAGCUUAGACUAUUAUCCAAUCAUGAUUUGUCUGCUCAAGAAGCCCAUACUGAGACUGGAUCAGGACAUUCUGUCUCUGAGAAUUUGCAAUCAGUUGGAAAACAUGACCUUGGCAUUUCCUCUGAUGAACAAGAGGGGAGACAACUAUGGAAUCACAAUCUUUCUGUUCAAGAAGCCAAGACUCAGACUCAGACAGAAAACAGAAAUGGAGGUAGCCAACUUGAAGCUGCUGAUGGCCGCCCAUAUGCUGCAAUAUGUGCAGCGCCUGCAGUUGCGCUUGGAGCGUGGGGGCUCUUGAAGGGGUUGAAAGCAACUUGUUACCCAUCAUUUGUGGAGCAGCUAUCAUCUUCUGCUACUUCUGUCGAAUCGAAAGUCCAGAAGGAUGGAAAAGUCGUGACCAGUCGAGGACCGGGAACAGCUAUGGAGUAUUCUGUAAGCCUGGUCGAACUACUCUACGGGAAGGAAAAAGCUGAUGAAGUUUCUGGACCACUGGUCAGAGUGAUGCAAUCCCUGUUUUCAGAAGAGGGGCCCUGUGAUGCACUCUCAGAUACUCCAUAG